AUGGAGAAGAGGACACAAGGGAUGGAGCUGAAUGUACCGAGCCUCUUCCGGUGCCCCAUCUCUCUGGAGAUCAUGCGUUCGCCGGUGAGCCUCUGCACGGGAGUCACCUAUGACCGUGUGUCCAUCCAACGGUGGCUGGACUCCGGGAACACCACGUGUCCCGCUACGAUGCUUCCUCUCCCCUCCACCGACCUCGUCCCCAACCUCACCCUCCGCCGCCUCAUCUCCCACUGGCCUCACCCAGCCAUCGAUGGCACCUCCCGAACCCUCGACCUCCGCACAGCCGGCCGCCUCCAAGAUCUGAUCGCCUUCUUAUCCGAUGCCGACCGCGACGAUUUCCACAAGAACUCGCUGACCUCUGCCCCCUCCUUCGCCCCCGCUCUCGCCUCCCUCGUCGGAUCGGACUCCAAUGACGCCGCCAUCAAGGUCCUCGCUCUCGUCCUCACCGCCGAUUUCAUCGAGAUCCGGAGCAAAAAAAUGGCGAUCCAAUCCCUUUGCACCGAUCUAAACCGAACCGUCUCCGCUCUUCUCGAGACCCUCCAGAGAUCAGAGCCAGAUGCAAGAAUCGAAUCAGCGAUAGUUCUGGAAGCCAUUCUGAGCUCCGAUCAAUGCGAUGUGAAUUCCAAAUCCCGGAUCGCGGAGAAUUCACAUCUAAUCCGCGAGCUGAUCCGGCUGAUCGUCCCGUCAGCAGCCGGAUCCACAGAAGCCGGGAUCUCAUGCUUGGUCUCUUUGUCAUCCGCGAAGAGAUCUCGGGUGCGAAUGGUGGAACAAGGCCUGGUACCAGCGCUGGCGCAAGCAAUGAACCAGGAGCCAUUGACAAUCCCAGCUUCGGCGGUGGCGAAGGCCUUGAAACUAAUGGAAACGGCGUCAGGUUGCGCAGAGGGACGAGCAGCGAUGUGCGAGGGGAAGGCGGAGGCAGUGGCGACGGUGGCAAGGCGGAUGAUGAAAGCCGGAAGAGAAGGCGCAGAGGCCGCCAUUACCGUGCUGUGGACGCUCUGCCAUUUGCACGGCGACCGGCGAGCGGUGGAGGCCGCGGCGGCGAAUGGCGUGGUGACCAAGAUACUGGUAUUGAUGCAAGGAGAUCGGGAGGGCAAUUUGAGAAGGAAGUCUCGAGAUCUCUUGAGAAUUUUCAAGAUCAAUAGCAAGGGUUUGUUCGUGGGAUACGAUACCAAGACCACGCACAUCUCGCCGUUUUGA